UAGAGACCUCCCCUCCAUCUCAAACUCCACAAAACAUUUGAUCCCUCUGCCUUUCUGCAAAAUCCAACACAAAAGCUCUCACCUUUUUGACUCUCUGUCUCCCUAUUCUUCUUCAUCUCCAUCGAAAACCCAACAAAGCUUUCACCUUUACGUUGUUUCAGUCCCUUUCCCAAGAACCCACUUCCCAAAAAGUCCUCCUCCUUCACUCUUUUUACCCCCCUUCCUCGAAAUCCCAAGCCUUCAAGAUGAUGAUGAAGAAGAAAAUGUGGCUGUUUUCUCAUUGAUCUCCUUCUCCAAAACCCCUUAAACCCUUUUUGUCUUUCCCCCUAAUGGAAGGUAUGAACAAACCCACAAGAAGUGCCACUGCCUCUGCUAAAGUCAACACCAUAGUCCACACAGCUCAAAGCUUCCCUCUCUCAAAGCUCUCCUUCUGGUUCGCCCCAACGACUCGCCCACCUGGUCCUCUCUUCUCCUGCUUUGGUUCGUAGUUGAAAACAAGUUUAAAUCUUUGUUCUAGUAGUUUUGCUCAGGUUAGGAUCUUACAUGGCGUUUUAUAGCUUUGACUCAAAUCCCACAAUCGGGUCGGACUAUUCUAGCCUUUUCAACCCGUUUACGCUUCAUGGGUCCGGUGGUGGUUUGACAAACGGGUCUGUGCAGCUUCUUCCACACUCUUUGGUGUUGGACAGUGAGAAAGGUGAGCUUGUUAAAGCUCCAGCUAGAGUGGGAAAGAAGGGUGUUUCAGAAGCCAAGGCUUUGGCGGCUUUGAAGAAUCACAGUGAGGCUGAGAGGAGGAGGAGAGAGAGAAUCAAUGCACAUCUCUCUACUCUUCGUGGACUUGUUCCCCGCAAUGAAAAGAUGGACAAAGCUGCAUUACUUGCUGAAGUUAUCCGCCAAGUCAAAGAACUGAAGAAGGAUUCCCUAGAAUCCAGCAAGGGUUUUCUCAUUCCAAUUGAUGCUGAUGAAGUAAAGGUUGAACACUAUGACAGUGGGGUAGGAGAUGGAACCAUAUCUGUGAGGGCAUCCAUCUGCUGUGAGUACCGCUCUGAGCUUCUCUCUGACCUAAAAGAAGCUCUUGAUUCCCUUCACUUGAAAAUGGUGAAGGCAGAAAUGGCAACCUUGGGAAACCGAGUGCACAAUGUAUUUGUUUUGACAGGCUACAACAAGGGAAACAACGAUGCUGAGGCAUACCAACUCCUUGCAAGUUCUGUCCACCAUGCCCUGAGUUCUGUCCUUGAUAAGGCCUCAAUCUCGCCUGAAUACUCUCCAAGAACAACUCUGCCAACUAAAAGACGAAGGACCUCUUACUUCGAUACCUCGAGCUCAUCCUCAUGAGUGAGAGCAAGCUUUGAUGGUGGCGAUGAAGAUGUGCAUAUUGUGAUCUAAAAUGGGUUUCUGUAUUUGUAUCUUUAGACAUGGAUGUGUGGAAGAUCAACUAUUUGCGAUAUCUACAUGUAUACACUGUAUAACAAAAACACUAAUGAAUAAAACCAAGGCAAGACAAAGCUGCUUUUAUGUAA